AUGCGCGAGGUCGCUUGCGGCGCAUUGCAGGCCUAUAUUCCCGGCCCCCCGUUCGAGGAAUCGCAGAACGGGCGGGGAGUCGGGGAGUCACGUCUAGGCACGUGUGCGCCCUCUCCCGGCAUCGCGUCUCCGCAGGACCGGCGCCGGACCCGUGUUUACGCAGGGCCGUUGACGACGACCCGUCUACCCCACGCACUCGCUCGGCCGCCCCGCUCGUCUCUUGCGCCCGUCUUUCAUGUUGCUUAUGCCCCUCCGCUGUGCACGCGCGAGACACCCCAGCACACGGCCGCCCAUAUAGCCUUGAGAACGCGCUGCCUCUCUUCGUAUCGCAUCAGGAAUUCCCAGGAUCUCUCAGGGUCGGGUCGGGUCGGGUUUGGGUUUGGGUCAGAGUCUCCGCGCGACAGACAGACAAACAAACAAACAAACAUGUUUCGAAAAAUUCUCUCGCGGGCUGUGACGUGCGUGUUGGACACGAGCGCGGACGUGGACGCGAACGUGGAUGGGGGCGCAAGGCUGGACGGGCCAGUGGUAGAGCUGGAGUUGGGGCUGGAGCUGGAGCAGGAGGCGGGCGUCAUCGUGGGUGGCCUGGGCUGUCGCGUCGUGCAGCGGCCGGUGGCUGACCAGCUGCGCCACGCACUCCUGCAGUCGGUCGACGUCGAGGCGCUGCGCGGCCUGCUGCCCGCGCGCCCGCGGGUCCCGUGGCGGCGCGUCGCGGGCCUAUGCGGAGACGCGGUCGUGCCUGUGUAUCGCGCGCUGCAGAGCACGCUCGGCGAGGACGUGGAGCACCUGGCGGCGCUGUUUGCGGAGAUGGAGAUGGAGAUGGAGGCGGCGGCGGGUGCGGGUGCGGGUGCGGGUGCGCUCGAUGAGGUGCACGCAAGCGGAGUCGAGCGAGAACCGAGCGCGUCGGGCGGACAGGCGGCGGGGGUAGAGGGUUGCGAACGAGACACAGCACCUAUUACCCUGGAGGAGGACGCGGACACGCACGCGCCGGCAUCGAGCGACGAUCACUGGGCGACAAGUUGCGCGCACCUGCCGAGGAUCGUGAUCACGCCGUGCGAGGGCGAGGGCGAGGGCGAGGGCGAGGGCGAGAGGGCGGGGGAGGGGCGGACGUGCUGCUGGGUGCCGGUGCAGGACGCGUGCUUCGGGAAGCGGCUGGUGGUGCCCGCGCACGCGGCGGUGAACGAGGUGUUCCCGCCGCAGCUGGGGAUGGGGAAGGCGGGUGUGCUGGCGCGGCAGUGGGAGUACGCGGACGGGCACUGGCGGGCGGUGCUGCCGAGCGUGGACGAGCAGAUGCGGAGGGGCCUGCAUUCGCGGGCGGUGUCGCACCGGCGGAGAUCGUCGCGGUGUCGCCGGGCGAACGAAAGAACCAGACAGCGAGCGAGUGAAGAAGCACUGGCCGGUGACGUCGGUGCGGGCCAGCAGCGUGGGAACGAUGCGCUAUUCUUACAGCAGGCGGGCGCCGAGCGAGCGGCUGCGGGCGCUCUGCGGGUGAAGCACGCACUCGCCAGCCUCGUCCUCCACCAGCAGCCGUGCACUCCUUCCCGCCACUGA